AGUGGGCGACGUAUCCUGGAGCCUAUUUCUUUCGUCCUGGCAUUUGGAGGCAACGUUAUAAAAAAACUUAAUUAACUAAUCCCGAAUCUUUCGCUGUUAAGCCGGCGCUCUGCUUUCCGAUUUCUUCCUUCCUUCUUUCCGCUAUUUUUACCAAAUUUCGUUCAAUGCCCUUUCAUCUCCCUCACGCGCUGCUGACGCCACGCAACUGAAGCUAUCGCAGGUGAUCUGACAGCUGAUUGGAGGGCUUCCGGAUUGUCUGCUUCAUGAAGGGAAUGCUGGUUUGCUGAUUGUUCUGCAGCUUCCUGCUUGAUUGCUUGUUCGAGUAACGAUUCGGCUGCGUUCUUGCCAUUGGAUCUAAUAUCUAAGUUGAUCAUGUCGGAAACACUUGAACAGUUUGCCUGGUCGCGUUUUGAUGGUUUCUCUAGUUAUGAUGAACGUAGAGAACGAAAGUCUGAUUUGGAGUACUCUGAAGAUGAGAGGAAGACAAGAAGGGGAUCUUUAAGGAAACGGGCAAUUGAUGCUUCAACUAUAUUUAAGCACUCUUUGAAGAAGAAAAAGUCCAGGAGAAAGAGUGAUAACAGAGUUACCUCUCUUUCAAUUGAGGAUAUAAGGGAUAUAGAGGAGCUUCAAGCUGUCGAUGCAUUUCGUCAAUCACUAAUUUUAGAUGAGCUGCUGCCUGCAAAGCAUGAUGAUUACCAUAAAAUGUUGAGGUUUUUGAAGGCUCGCAAGUUUGAUGUUGAGAAAGCAAAGCAAAUGUGGGCUGAAAUGCUUCAGUGGAGAAAGGAGUUUGGGGCUGAUACGAUUACAGAGGAUUUUCAGUAUGAAGAACUACCUGAAGUUCUGAAGUACUAUCCGCAUGGUUAUCAUGGUGUAGACAAGGAGGGGAGGCCAGUUUACAUUGAGCAGUUGGGAAAAGUUGAACCAAACAAGCUUAUGCAUGUUACAACCAUAGACCGAUAUGUACGAUAUCAUGUGAAAGAGUUUGAGAGGAGCUUUUUAAUCAAAUUUCCUGCUUGUUCAAUUGCUGCAAAACGGCAUAUUGAUUCUAGUACAACUAUUUUGGAUGUGCAAGGGGUGAGUUUGAAAAACUUUAGCAAGACUGCAAGGGAGUUGAUUCAAAGGUUACAAAAAAUUGACAAUGAUAAUUACCCUGAGACAUUAUACCGCAUGUAUAUUAUCAAUGCUGGCCCCAGUUUUAGAUUGUUAUGGAACACUGUAAAAUCAUUCCUUGACCCCAGGACAACUUCAAAGAUAAACGUUAUUGGUACCAAGUACCAGAGUAAGCUUCUAGAAGUAAUUGAUACCCGUGAGUUGCCUGAGUUUUUCGGUGGUACCUGUACCUGUGCUGAUGUGGGUGGAUGCUUGAAAGCUGAAAAGGGCCCAUGGAAGGACCCUAAUAUUUUGAAGAUGGUUCUUAGUGGAGAGGCCCAAUAUGCCCGGCAAAUAGUAACUGUUUCUAGUGGAGAAGGAAGGAUCAUUGCUUAUGCUAAGCCACAAUAUCCAGCAGUGAAAGGAGGUGAUAGUUCCACAGCUGAAUCUGGAUCAGAAGUAGAUAAUAUUACAUCACUCAAAUUAGUAAAGCCUUCUGUCUCAUACAACCGCCUAACCCCUGUGCAAGAAUUCCCAAAAAUGAUAGGGAAGGGUACCCACCCAUUAAGGUUCUCGGAACCGGACGAGCAUAUUCCCGUAGUUGACAAGGCUGUGGAUGCAGUAUGGAUAAAACAGGCUUCUAACAGGUCAUCUCCACUGAAAGGUGAAGCAUGUUUGGCAGAUCCUCACAAGUCUCCAGAUGGAGCUCGAGCACAAGUACUUGCAUGUAUUGUGACCAUUGCCAUGACUCUACUUACACUGUUUCGUGCUGCCACCAGUUUUGCAACAAAGAAGCUUCAACAAGCAAACUGUGAAUCUCAUUGGCAUGAUGCUGAAUUAGUUAAAAACACUAAUCCCAAGGAGUUUAGACGAUCAGCCAGCCACGGUUUCACAGAGGCUAAUCUCUCCUCUGUUCUAAAGAGGCUAGAUGAGCUAGAAAAAAAAUUUGACCUUCUUCAAUCUAAGCCACCAAAAAUGCCUUAUGAGAAAGAAGAGUUGCUCAAUGCCGCUGUUUGCCGCGUGGACGCAUUAGAAGCUGAACUUAUUGCUACCAAAAAGGCUUUUUAUGAGUCUCUAAUGAGGCAAGAGGAACUGUUGGCAUUUUUUGAUCGUCAGGAAGAAGAGAAGCUUCGGAGGAAGAAACGUUGCCUCUGAAGGAAACUAGCCGUUCUGGCAUUCUCCUUCUUUGAUGAGAGAAAAAAAAUAAUUGAAUAUUUAUUUAUUGAAGGAUUCUCUUGCUUGCCUCUUGGGACGGUAUAAAGUUUGCAAUAAAUAUAAGCUUCCAUCCACUUGUAAACACUAUUUUUUCCACUUUUUAUUUCCGUCUCUGCUACUUUUCAAACAUUCGUAUGAGUGACAAAAAUGAGGAUAUUUUGUGAUUCUUAUUUUA